AUGUCCAGAUCUACUUCGACGAAAUUCUCGAUGCAGGGAACUUUGUCUGUUUCUGCGGCGACGGGGCGGCCAACUUUGACUCGGUCUGUGGCGUUUAAACGUAUGACGGUGACGGUGGGCGGGAGGAACGCGUGGCAGUUGCUGUUUGAUCGCAAGCUGCUGCUGCUCAUUCCGCUGCUCUUCUACUCGGGCCUGCAGUCUGCUUAUAUCAGUGCGGACUUCACGCGAUAUGUGGUGCAGCCGCUGCUCAAAACCAUGUUCUGCCCCAUCUGCAUCCUUCUCAACCCAUCUCCGCUGCUGGGAGCGCAGUGGAUGGGCGGAGCCAUGAUGGUCUUUGGAGUCGCCAUUGCAGUCGUGAGUGCACUGGAAGCAAAUCUACCACCAUUGCCCUCGGGUCUUCGCUUCGCCCAUGGGCUCGCAGCCAUUCGCCUCAUGCUCAUGCUGGGUGCGGCCGCCCAGAUAACCGUGCUCGUGCUCACAUGGGUCUUCCAGACCAGGAUGCAGCGUGCAGGCAUUGGAGCGCGUGGAGCAGCGCUGCCUGCUGUCUCCUCUGCUUCCUCUCAAGCCCUCACUCUCACUCGCCCAUUUCCACCACCGAAAAUCCCCCACGGCCCCUCACGGGAUGCGUCAUAUGCACCUUGGAGCGCGUGGAGCAGCACUGCCUGCUGCCUCCAUCUGCUUCCUCUCAUGCCGCCUGCAAUCCUUUCACUCACCCCCUCCCACGAUCUCCUCCCUUCACCAUUGGUAUCCCUCACAGGACGCAGCGACGCAGCAUACGCGCAUUGGAUUGCGUGGAGCAGUGCAGCCUGCUCCGCCUACUUCCUCGCCAGCCCAUACAUCGCCACACCCAUCAAGAACUCCCUCCUCCUCGUCGUCUGCCCUCUCUCUGUUAUGCUUGCUGCUGUUGCGGUCAAGAUUAGACCACCAGGACAGGCGAAACCGUGCGAGGGGGUGUGA